AUGCUGCUACCCAAGGGCAGCGGCAUCACGUGGAAGAGCGCGCGGGCAAGAUUCCCGCCCAGCAGGGCCAUCUGGAACUUUCUCAUCCGAACGCGCUUCUUACUCUUCAUCGCCGUGGCCGGCACGGUGCUAUUAAUAUGGAAUGGAUUGCGAAGCACGGCGGGAGAUUGGCAGAGGUGACACACUUCCCUCCCUGACCUUCGAUUCGGCUGGACAUGGGCACGAGAGCUGACUGCGGGUCAUGUGGUAUAGGUUUUACUGCUUCGGGCCAGCAAAGUCCCCCAUGCAGAUGACUGCGAACGAGCAGGCCCAGUGGGCCGGACAUCUACAGACGCCCGUCAUCUUCAACCAUCACGUCCCCCUCGAGGUCAACAGCUCCUCCAUCCAGCGUGUCAACCUCAACGAUGUCGCAUCCACGCGAGACGCCGUCAAGAACCAGGAACGAGUCCUCAUCCUCACCCCCCUGCGCAACGCCGCCCCCUACAUCGAGAAACAUUUCGACUUGCUCUCGCAGCUCACAUACCCUCAUGACCUGAUCGACCUGGCUUUCUUGGUGGGCGACAGCACGGAUGACACCCUCGCUGUCCUGGCAAUGGAGCUGGAAAGAAUCCAAAACGGCCCGAACCAUAUGGCUUUCCACGGCGCCAUGGUGGUAGAAAAGGACUUUGGCGUCACUCUGGGGCAAGAUGUGGAAGACAGACAUGGAUUCGCCGCUCAAGGGCCCAGGAGAAAAGCCAUGGGCAAGGCGAGAAACUAUUUGCUUUCGGCUGCGCUGAAGCCAGACCAUAGCUGGGUGUAUUGGCGGGAUGUGGAUAUCGUGGACAGCCCGGAGAAGAUCAUUGAGGACUUUGUUGCGCAUGAUCGGGAUGUUCUGGUGCCCAGUAAGUUGCAGAAAGAAGCGGUCGAGGACAAGCGCAGAAGCUGACGUGGAGAAUAGACAUCUGGUUCCAUCGUUAUGAAGACGGACACGAUAUUGAAGGUCGAUUCGACUACAACUCCUGGCAGGAAUCGGAGACGGGCCGCAAACUUGCUGAUAGUCUCGACAAGAACGUUGUGCUGGCAGAGGGUACGAGGACAAGCCUCUCAAGAUCAUGUGAUGGAGAUUGAAGCGCGCUGACUUGGUCAUAUGACAGGCUAUAAAGAAUACCGAACCGACCGAAAGUACAUGGCACGAAUGGGCGACUGGCGAGACAACAAGGACAUCGAGAUUCCGCUGGACGGUAUUGGUGGUGUUAAUAUUCUGGUCAAGGCAGAUGUCCACAGAUCUGGUGAGUGUCCCUGCCGACCGACCAACCUCAUUGGGAACAACAUCCCGAGACUGACUGACUGACUGUUUUCGCAAGGCAUCAAUUUCCCCUGCUACGCAUUUGAAAACCAGGCCGAAACAGAAGGCUUCGCGAAGAUGGCGCGACGGGCGGGUUAUGGCGUUUUUGGGCUUCCGAAUUACGUGGUCUGGCAUAUUGAUACCGACGAGAAGCCUGGGAAUGCAUGA